AUGAAGAUUCCAUACGAAGUCCUCUGCAUAGUCUCCAUUACUACAUUGGUUCUUCCUCAGCCGCAACCAUCUACCAGCAGUGUCCUCCGCAACGUUGAAAUAUUGGCCGAUGUUAUCAACAAAGGGGAUUACCUUACCGUGGAGAAAAUUGUAGUAUCGAUAAUAACGCCAUUUCUGAAUGUUUUCACAUCUGUUAUUAGGCAGAUUUUCGAUGGUACUGAAUCUCCAGAAAUUAAAUACCUUCGACAACUGUCAGAGAGACUAGUUAGAAGGUUUGAUGUAGUUGAAGACCAAUUUUCACACCAUAUCAAUACAUUGGUCAAUUGUUCCGUAGUUGAAGUAUCUUACUUAACCCUUGAAAGUAAGAUUCACGCCGUAUCUCAUGAAUUCAGACGUUUAUUCCAAGUCCCUUCUUCAGGUAUUAGUGAACAGAAGAAGAUUUUUAUCAAUAAUUAUGAAAAUGAUUAUUUAAGCAGUGGGUCCAAACUCUUUGCGGGAUUUAUGAUUGAUGAUGGCACAGCUAGCCAGGGUUUGAUACGACCGACAAUGAAGUUCACGGACAACAAUAGAAGAGCGAUGGGGGAGGUUAUGCUUGGGAUACUGAAACUACUGCUAAUUGCUGCUGAAGUAGAACUGGGGUACUUAGGAAUUAAGGGAUAUGAUAAUAUUGCUUCUUUCUACAGUCAACAGUGGCGCGUGCGCAUUGAACGGGUUCAAGAAAAAAUGAAAACAAUAGACGAAGAAUUGAAAAAUGCAUACUACGGACAAUCGCUGAAAGAUAUUGAUAGAUUUGCACUUGAUAAUAAUUUACUCAGCAAUCAAAACUUCAGUGAACGUCUGUAUCAUAAACUUUCUAGAAAGUAUUUUUGGCGGAAUUGGUUAGUGGUUACAUCAACACACACUGAAGGGCGCCAUGAUGCUCACUCUCGGGUCUGCACAGGAGUUAUAAAAUCAGUUCAUUCAAAAGACAUUGUGGUGGAUAGUGUUGAUCAUGAAAAACCCUAUUUCAAUAUCGGUGAAGUAAAAUUAUUGCAAUCAUCAUUACAGAGUACAUGUGAAAAUACAACACGUUAUAUUUCAUGUCAUCAUGGGUGUACUGGUCAUUGUAGAAAACAGCCCGUGCGCCGCUGUGGAACGUACGUAAAUUAUAAUGAUGCUGAUGAUAUCUUUAACUGGUUUAGUACUGUCCGCACAUCUUGCUCACCUUAUUCUUCUGUGGGUAUCAUCGCAACUGACAAACAAGCGGCGUAUCAUGCAAGUCCAGUUGGUGGUUCAUCAAACAGGCUUUUUGUCAGUGAUUUAGGAAUACACUGCAAAUACAAGGUUCAUUUCUUUGGUUAAUUUACAAAAGUUUCAUUACUUUUUAUAUUAGAAAAAAUAGUCAAAAAUCAUUUUGAGUGAAAUUAAAUUUUCACAAUUUCAUUUGAUUUCAAGAAGGUAAUUAUAGCUAUAGAACUAACAAAAAGUUAUGUUGACUGAACUUCCUCUCACCUCAGUGAAAACAUGUUAUCUGAACUCCAACAUACAGGAACUUGAUUAUAAUUUACCAUGCUGUACAUCAAAUAAUGGAAAUAGUUCAUUUUUAUAAGAAAACUACAAAUUACAAAAUGUCAGACCAAAUAUCCUCUGUGUGAACAUGGAUUGGUAUGUGGAAUGAUUUCAUAGGUAACUGGUAAAUCACACAAUACAUCGGUCCAGAUUUUCUCUGUCCAGAAAUCUUCAUAGAUUACGACUUUUAAUUGACUUCAAAAAUAAUAAGAACCAAUUUAGUGCAUGCAUGAAUCUAACUCGGAGAAACGAAAAUACUAAAUGAAUGCUAAGAUCAGAAUAUGAUUUGUAUUUCUUAACGACUUACAGUGUAUAUCUUGUCUCAAGAAUAGAUUACAAAAUUGAUGAAAUUAUCUCGCUAAAAUUAUCCACUCUUGUAGAAAAAUAUUUGGAAGUUAACAUGUUACUGUUUUCAAACUGUUCAAGCUGUAUCCAUUA